AGUGUAAGUUACGUUCACAACGGUUACCAAAUGCCAUCGGGUAAUGUCGAUGCGCAGAUUAGCGCAGUGGAGCGGAUCAGCGAGCCACAGUCUGUCUUGGAUGUCGUUUUGGCGAAAGCCAAGGGAAAGAACUACGACGCAGCGAACCCGUUCCUCUUGAGAGUCCUUUUCUGCGGCAAGAAAAAAAGUGUUGGCUUUGGAGGCGUGUUGGAAAAAAUUGUGAGGGAGGCAAAGCAGGAAUGUGAUUCAGCAAACCCGUUCUACAGUGAAGAAAGUGCCGGCCAGAUUGGGACACUGCUCAUCGAUUAUGGUGAGUAUUUUAUCCAACUCGUAGACGGGCCAGAAAACUACGUGUUUCGUUACUCUGAAAAGCUGAGCUCGUUGCCUUUUGUAGAGUCAUCAAAUGUUCAGCUGCUUUACCUCGACGACGACAUUCCAAACAUGCUGUGCACAGGAGCUACUAUAAUAGAUAAGGUUCCUCCCUCCUCUAUCGCACCCGGCUCCUCUGACAAGAGCAUCGACGAUAUUGCAGACCUUGUCAUCCACGACGUGAAUUCGAUGAUCGAGCUUGGAGCACAGGAGAGCAGCCAAGUUGCUCGAGUGAAACGCGUGUUUACUGACAACGCUAAAAUCAACUUCCCUAAGCUUUUCCCGAGAGUGGAACUUCUUAUCGCGUACAUGCACAGCGGCAAUUUUUUUACGCUGGAUGAGUUCAUUACUAAUUUCUGCAAACCAGCAAAUCUUGUUCGCGAGGUCGAAAUUGCGCACCCUGCCGAAGAUCCCCUCACGUGCUAA